GUCUUAACACACCUCAUACUACAAACCACAUAUAAUUAAUCCCUGCACUACUCCUUCUGGAGUCAACCAAAGCUACGGCGGUCGAGUGACGGGACGAGCUACGCAGACGUUUACCGAAGAUCAGGAACCUCUACCUCACAAUCAAGAGGCGAGCACAAAGAAAUCAAAUUGGUUUAUACUAGCUCGUAAAAACAAAUAUUGGAUAUUGGAAUCUGGAUCUGUGAUUCCCCGCGUAUUAUGCUGUAUGCGCUACAACUGGUGGAUUGAUGCUUACCAGAGAACUGGGCACUUUUGUGUAAUUAGGAUUUUCAAAUUUAUAUUGUAAACUGUCUGAUGGUUCUUUCUGGAUCAAAAGAGUUUGUUGAUAUGCUUUUGGCCCGUGAAUUUCCCAGGUAAUCGGCUGUCUAUUCAUGUUGUCGAUGUUACAGUGCUGAAGAUUAUGUAAUGGUAAUGAACGGUUGUGAUGUGUGUGGCCACAGUUUUAUGGCAAACGGCUUUCGGAAACCUGUGUUGGUGCGAUCAAAGGAUGGUCUCAGAAUCAAAGUUCCAGUGGAAUCAUUCACACCUAGGGAUCUAACUAAAUUUAUCGAUCCUGUCACCGUUGUCGAUGUUAUUGAUGUCCGGCAACAGACAGAAAUACAGAUGCCGCUCCGGGACUUGGUUGAUCAGUUCUGUUCUGAUACUCGACCGAUGUUGUUAAAUAUGCUAAGUUUGGAGUUUUCGAGAACUAGCUUAGCCAAGUUUGUUCGUCCACCACAUGUCGUCUCCGAACUCAGUCUUGUUACGACCUGUUGGCCAGAUGAUGAUGUGGAUGAAUCUGAAUUAUCUGACGAAGUGGCACCGACUGUUCAAAAAUACUGUCUUUUGAGCAUGGAGGGUAGUUACACUGACUUUCAUAUAGAUUUUGGUGGCUCAUCUGUUUGGUAUCAUGUAAUGUGGGGCGAAAAAGUAUUUUAUCUAAUGCCACCUACUCCUGAAUACUUGUCGGCUUACUGGCAAUGGUGCAUGAGUGACAACCACAGAACAAUAUUUUUUCCCGAUUUCGUGGCAGACCUACUUAAAAAAGGUUCAUGUGACACAGGUGAACCUACAGUUUAUUGCCUGCAUGUUUCACCUGGCCAAACAAUCUUCCUUCCAGCUGGCUGGAUUCACGCUGUUUAUACACCUUCUGAUUGUCUUGUCUUUGGAGGAAACUUUCUCAACGGAUUGCAUGUUCCUACACAACUUCGGGUUUAUCGCAUGGAACAAAAGUGUGAAACACCGAUGAAGUUUUUAUUUCCUAAUUUUGAAAAAGUUCACUGGUUUUAUAGUCAACGUUUACUAGACAAGUUAACUAAUAGCUUAACGAAUGGCGAAAAUCCAGUUACACAUGACUUAGAUGCAGCGGAAAGUCUAGUUAAAGUUCUGCCAGUAUGGUAUGCUAAAAGACGUUCGCUUCCACCAGAGGAAAGACGAUACUUUCUUCCUAGUCAAAAUCAAUUAGAUAUACCAUGCGCAAAAUUAAUUGAAAGGUUAAAUGAAGUUUUAAGCUCAAUUUCACCGCGUUCUGUGAAACACUCAGGUUUUUCAGCGCAUUCUUUUCAAUCAGGGAUAUACUCUAAACAUUCCAAAUCAAAUGUACAACUAACAGCUGAACUGUCUCCUGUUGAUUCUAUGAAAUGUUUAAACUCUGAUUUAUCAAUGAAAAUUAAAUGGACAACUAAAGAUAAACAUGUUGGCGGUUUAGGUUGGAUACCGAAUAGGCAUACACAAGGUAAAAGUCUAAGUGAAUCAAAGCAUUCAGUAGGUGAUAAAGAAGAAGAAGAAGAAGAAGGGGAACAUAUAAUUACUGAUGAUGAUGAAAUUCUUAAAGCACUUCCAGGCUUAAAGAAAAGUCGAUUAAUCGGUGAUCAUUAUUACUUAACACUUAGUGAUUCAGAGGAUGAUGAUGAUAAUACUGUAGGACAACGGAAGGAAGGAUAUUCUUCGCAGUCAAAGUCUACGUCAUAUCAAGUAGGUAAAAAACGAAAGACACGAGAUGAUGAUGACCCAACUUGGAGUAUGCCUAGUCCUACACGUCGUCGAUGUGGAACAAGUAUCUGGAAGUCGAAAGAUUCAGGUCCUAUUUUUCCAAAUCUAAAGACAGGCAAAACAUCACUGCAUCCUUUGCUGAGUGAAGCUGGUGCAUCAUCGUCAAGUUCGAGUACUUUGAAAAGAGCUGGAGGUGCUUCAGCAUCGCCUGCCUCUGGCGCCACUGGUGUGAAGAAAUCACGAGCUAAACAGACUACAACUGUCCGACAACGUUUAGCUAAGCGUUUAGGUAUUUAAUUCAAAUGCCAACCAAGAGUGAGUAUGAUAUGUGCGUGCGUGUGUGUAUCAGCCUGUUGAUGGAUCUUAAACCUCUUAUUAUUAUUAUUAAUAUUGAUAUUAUUACUAUUCACAGUUUAGUGAUUUUUUCUUUCAAUUGAUUACUUCCUUUUUAUUAUCAUUACCACCUCAUAGCAUAUUGUGUUUUUGAUGGAGGCUAUUUUUAUUUUAUUUUACUUUAUUUUUCUUCUUUCAAUAAAUUUAAUGUUAUAAUUUAUUAUUAUAUUAGGAAUAGCAUUGUUCUUAUCAUUCUUCUUAUCAGUAUCUACUAUUAUUAUUAUUACUCGUACUAGUACUAGUUCUACUACUUCUACUACUAUUGAUAAUAUAUUACUACUGGUAUUGUCAAUAAAAAUACGUGCAGCAUAUUUCUACACACAUGAUAGUGUGUAUUCCAAUAUUUUCUUAUCGUUUUCUUUCCUUCUCUCUGUUUAUGCUAUAGCAUAUUGAUGUCUUUGUAGUUAUAUAUAUUUUUGAAUUAUCUCUUUUUUUCUAAUUUAACAUGAAUAAUAACGAUAGGCAAUAAUAAUAUUAACAAUAUUAAUAAUAAUAAUGAAGUUAUAGUUAUUUGUUUCCUCAUAUAGUUUCAUUUUCUGUUUUGAUGACCACCUUUUCCAUUUUCUAACUAAACAUUAUUUGCAUUUAGGUGUGUUUUGUUUUAUUCUCAUAUACUGAUUGAUAAUAUCAAGCCUUUUCGUGUGUGUCUGUGUCCGUGUACGUGUGGAUCUCCGACUAGUUAACUUAUUCAAAGCCAAGUUUGUAUGUUGUUGUUUUUUUGUUGUUUAUUUGAAUAUUUGUCUCGUUUUAUUCUAGAUCUUGUUUUGUUUGACUUUAUUGUUGUGGUUGUUAUUGUUGAAACAAUAACACCACCCACUCUCUUCUCUCACAUAUCCUAUAACUCAUUCGAUUGUGAACUGAUCAAGAAGUAGUCGUGUGCGCUCUAAGAUGAUGUGUUGUUGUUGUUGUUGUUGCAUGUAUGUGGGUUUUAUAAUCUUAUGAAGUUAGGUAUUUAAUUCUUUAUUGAUGGUUGUUAGUAGUCUCCUUCGAUUUUAUGUUAUGUUUGUUAAACAUUAUUUAGUGCAUUUGUUUGUUUUGAAAUAAAAGAAUUUUAUUCAUAUAAA